AUGGAUGGGAGAGAAGCCAUGGGAUUGUCUGGUGGCUCAGCUCAAUACUACAUCCAUAGGGGAGGGGUUGGUGGGUCUAUGCCUGGAUCACAGGCUGGUGGUGGACUGCAUACUCCACCUGGGUUCAGGCACAUGUCAAACACUGUCCUUCAACCUCAAUCUAAUGUGAGGGUCAGCUCUGUAGGAUCAACAUUCUCAGUAGAGCCUUCAAGACCCAAUUUUCCUCAUCAUGGCAUUAGCAUGAAUGUCACUCCUGGAGUGCCUUCAGGUGAGCCUGUAAAGAAGAAAAGAGGGAGGCCCAGGAAGUAUGGUCCUGAUGGGCCGGUUUCUCUGGGAUUGUCUCCCAUGUCUGCAACACCAAAUCCUAGACCAGGUUCAACCAGCCCCACUCCAAAACGUAGUAGAGGGCGGCCACCUGGGAGUGGUAGGAAACAACAGUUAGCUACUCUUGGGGACUGGAUGAAUACUUCAGCUGGACUGGCUUUUGCACCCCAUGUUAUCACCAUUGGAGCUGGAGAGGACAUUGCAGCAAAAUUAUUGUUGUUUUCACAACAGAGACCAAGGGCGCUAUGCAUUUUGUCAGGAAGUGGUACAGCAUCUUCAGUAACUCUACGUCAGCCUGCAUCUACUGGUGUCAGUGUCACGUUUGAGGGUCGUUUCCAGAUAUUAUGCUUGUCAGGGUCGUACUUGGUUGCUGAGGAUGGCGGACCACGCAAUCGAACAGGGGGUAUAAGUGUUUCCCUUUCUAGUCCCGAUGGUCAUGUCAUUGGUGGUGCUGUGGCAAUGCUUAUUGCCGCAACGCCAGUGCAGGUUGUGCUUUGUAGUUUUGUCUAUGGUGGCUCCAAGACCAAGAACAAGCAAGUGGCUGGUCCCAAUAGCGACGAGAAUUCUGAGCCUCAGCAUAAUGAGAAAUUGGCUCUACCAUCUAACACCCCGCCUGCUCAAAAUUAUAAUCCUUCCGGAGCAGGCAUUUGGCCAGGUUCGCGGCAAGUUGAUUUGAGAAAUCCGCACACUGGCAUCGACUUGACUCGCGGGUGA